AUGGACGCAAACCAUCCCGAGUUGCAGGACAAGCUGCAAGAACUUGAGCAUGAAUUGGAGGAUGGAGACAUUACGGAGAAAGGAUACCAAAAACGACGAACAAUGCUAUUAUCCCAAUACCUUGGUGCUUCAGCUGCUGCAAAUGAUUUGAAGGGCUUACGAAUACAUUCUCCUGACAAUACCGCUCACCCAUCGAACGAUGGGUCUCGAUCCGCUUCACUUGCUGCACUCAAUGCGAAUUCCAGGGACUAUUCCGAGAACUACGGGCCGAGACCAGAAGUGCCACCUCAAUCGCCUGCAAGGACAGGUUCUGCUGGUCGUUUAGAUACAAUGGGCAGUGAAUAUCCGAGUUUUGCGAAUAAUCGAGCGCAAGAAGGAGGGUUUGCAUACGCUGGACCACCAUCCCAGUUACGAUUGGGAGUUCACAACCCAAAUGUGAGGCAGUCAUCUUACGGCCAAGAAACAUUCCUACCAGGUACUCCGGUAAACGGUGGGAACUCUGCAGAACCAAGUAUGACGAUGGCAUCUGUGUCUCGAUCGAAUUAUGCUUUCAAUCCUGCCCAUCAAGCUGGCUAUACUGAGCACCAAGGUGGACCAUACGAGAGCCGUUCGGGAACUAUGAUGGAUUCGCAUGGAACGAUGCUGGGAGAGUCACAACAGGGUUAUUUUUCAGACUUUGCGGGUCAGCAAGGGUUUGAGCACGAUCCUCAUAACUCGUAUGGAGGUGGACCACACCGAUACUCAUCGAGUGAUGCCUUCUCUCCAACGGCAGCUAUGGCUCCGCCCAUGUUGACCACCAGCGACCUUCCCCCACCAGCUGCUCUCGAAUAUCAGAUGCCACUCGAACCCCGAGACGUGCCAUUUGCUGUAUACGAUCCUCAUGAUGGCAAUGUUCCGAUGUCCAGAUUCGAUAAUAUAGCAGCCGUGCUGAGGCAUCGCAGUAAAGCGAAUUCCAAAACCACAGCAUACUGGGUUCUGGACAGCAAGGGCAAAGAAAUCGCUUCCAUUACCUGGGAUAAGCUUACCAGCAGAGCGGAAAAGGUUGCUCAAGUAAUCAGGGACAAAAGUUCAUUGUAUCGAGGAGAUCGAGUUGCUUUGAUUUACCGAGAUACCGAGAUCAUCGACUUUGCUAUUGCUCUUCUUGGCUGCUUCAUCGCUGGGGUGGUUGCGGUUCCGAUCAAUGAUCUUGAAGAUUAUGCCAAGCUCAACCUAAUUUUAACCUCUACACAAGCACAUCUUGCAUUAACUACGGAUAAUAAUCUUAAAGCAUUUCAGCGCGAUAUAACAACUCAAAAGCUCAAUUGGCCUAGAGGGGUAGAAUGGUGGAAAACCAACGAGUUCGGAAGUUUUCAUCCAAAGAAGAAAGACGAGUCACCAGCUCUCCAAGUACCCGAUCUUGCUUACAUCGAAUUCUCCCGUGCUCCUACUGGAGAUUUACGUGGAGUUGUCAUGAGCCAUAGAACUAUCAUGCACCAAAUGGCUUGCCUGAGCGCCGUUUUCUCUACUGUACCAUCAGGCAAAGGCGACACCUUCAGCUCGGCUUUGCGAGACAAGAACGGCAGAUUGAUGGCAGGGACUGGGAACAAUAGCGAAAUUCUACUAUCCUACCUCGAUCCUCGACAGGGUAUUGGCAUGAUCCUAGGAGUGCUUCUGACUGUGUAUGGAGGCCAUACCACGGUCUGGAUGGAGAACAAAGCCGUCGAGACUCCUGGUCUUUACGCACAUCUCAUUACGAAAUAUAAAGCUACCUUGAUGCUAGCAGAUUAUCCGGGACUCAAGCGAGCAGCGUACAAUUAUCAACAGGACCCCAUGACUACCAGGAACUUCAAAAAGGGCCAGGAACCGAAUUUCCAGCAUGUCAAAUUGUGUCUCAUAGAUGCACUCACUGUGGACAGUGAAUUCCACGAAGUCCUGGCUGACAGAUGGCUUCGUCCGAUGCGGAAUCCUCGAGCAAGAGAGCUAGUUGCUCCGAUGUUAUGUCUUCCUGAACAUGGAGGUAUGGUCAUCAGUAUGCGUGAUUGGCUGGGGGGAGAAGAGCGAAUGGGUUGUCCUCUAAAACUUGACAUGUCAGAUGGAGUACCUGUUGUCGACGAGAAAGAAGACAAGGAGAAAGAGAAAGAACCAUCGACAAGCAAUGGAUUUGCUAGUCUAAUCGGUGGUGGAACAACAGCCCCGAGGCAACAAGAAGAAAGGACUGAACUGAGCGAAGUUCUCUUGGACCGGGAAGCGCUCAAGACGAAUGAAGUCGUAGUUGUCGCAAUAGGAGAAGAAGCUCGUAAAAAGGCUAGCAGUGAACCAGGCACAGUAAGGGUCGGUGCUUUCGGCUUCCCAAUACCGGAUGCAACUUUGGCUGUUGUUGAUCCAGAGACUGGGUUGCUUGCUACACCUCACUCUGUAGGCGAGAUCUGGGUCGACUCUCCUUCACUUUCCGGAGGCUUCUGGGCACUGCCAAAACACACAGAACAGAUCUUCCAUGCUCGGCCGUAUAAAUUCGCUCCUGGAGAUCCUACGCCUAUGAUGGUAGAGCCUGAGUUUUUACGAACAGGCUUACUGGGUACAAUCAUCGAGGGCAAGAUCUUCGUCCUUGGCCUAUACGAGGACCGAAUUCGCCAGAAAGUCGAAUGGGUCGAGCAUGGCCAUGAGAUUGCGGAGCACCGGUACUUCUUUGUGCAGCACAUCAUCGUGAGCAUCAUGAAGAAUGUCCCCAAAAUCUACGACUGUUCUGCCUUUGAUGUCUUUGUAAAUGACGAACACUUACCGAUCGUUCUGCUGGAAUCCCAAUCUGCUUCGACAGCUCCAGCUACAUCAGGUGGUCCGCCGCGACAGCUCGACACAGCUCUACUCGAUUCGUUAUCAGAGAGGUGCAUGGAAGUCUUGAUGCAGGAACACCAUCUACGUGUUUAUUGCGUGAUGAUUACAGCUCCGAAUACUCUGCCAAAAGUACUGAAGAAUGGCCGAAGAGAGAUCGGAAACAUGCUCUGUCGACGAGAGUUCGAUCUUGGGAAUCUGCCAUGCGUGCACGUCAAAUUUGGUGUCGAGAGAGCGGUACUAAACCUCCCGAUCGGAGUAGAUCCUAUUGGUGGUAUUUGGUCAACCCUAGCCUCACAAGCACGAGAGGACAUUCUGGCACCUGGCGACAAACAAUACUCUGGCAUCGAUCGCCGGGAAGUAGUGAUCGAUGACCGCACUUCAACCCCUCUUAACAACUUUUCCAGUAUUGUCGACCUGCUACAAUGGAGAGUUGCACGGCAGGCUGAAGAAUUGUCCUACUGCACGAUUGACGGCAGAGGCAAGGAAGGCAAAGGUAUUACAUGGAAGAAGUUCGACACGAAAGUAGCUGCUGUUGCCAUGUAUCUGAAGAACAAGGUCAAGAUACGGGCUGGAGACCAUCUCAUAUUGAUGUACACUCACUCGGAGGACUUUGUCUACGCAGUACACGCCUGCUUCUGCCUAGGAGCUACAGCGAUUCCAAUGGCUCCAUUGGACCAGAAUCGCCUGAAUGAGGACGCGCCAGCUUUCCUUCACAUGGUCGCUGAUUACGGAGUGCGUGCUGUCCUGGUCAACCAAGAUGUAGAUCACCUCAUGAAGCAGAAAACUGUUUCACAACACGUCAAGCAGUCUGCUCAAGUCUUGAAAGUAUCAGUGCCAAGCAUUUACAACACCACUAAGCCGCCAAAGCAGAAUAAUGGGUGCAGAGACCUUGGGCUGACAAUGCAACCAACAUGGGUUCAACCCGGGUACCCUGUCCUCGUCUGGACCUACUGGACUCCGGAUCAGAGACGUAUAGCAGUACAGCUAGGUCACGACACAAUCAUGGGCAUGUGCAAAGUGCAAAAGGAGACUUGUCAAAUGACUAGCUCGCGGCCAGUACUUGGAUGUGUCCGAAGUACCAGCGGUCUGGGCUUCAUUCACACUUGUCUUAUGGGUGUUUUCGUUGGCGCACCUACUUACCUUGUUUCUCCAGUCGAGUUCGCACAGAAUCCAGUAUCCCUAUUCUUGACACUCUCAAGAUACAAAAUCAAGGAUACAUACGCAACACCUCAAAUGCUGGACCAUGCUAUGGCUAUCAUGCCUGGCAAAGGCUUUCAAUUACAUGAGCUGAAGAACAUGAUGAUAUCUGCGGAGGGUCGUCCUCGUGUAGAUGUGUUCCAAAAGGUCCGUCUUCAUUUCGCACAGACUGGUCUUGAUCGAACUGCCAUCAACACAAUCUACUCUCACGUUCUCAACCCAAUGGUUGCGUCGCGUUCCUACAUGUGCAUUGAGCCCAUUGAGCUUUGGCUUGGAACUCAGGCCCUGCGACGAGGCAUGAUCUACCCAGUCGACCCGGAAGCAGAGCCUAAGUCUCUUCUGGUUCAAGAUUCCGGCAUGGUACCUGUGUCAACUCAAAUCGCGAUUGUCAACCCAGAAAGCCGGACACUCUGUUAUGAAGGAGAAUAUGGCGAGAUCUGGGUCGAGUCCGAGGCAUGCGUACGAGCAUUUUAUGGCUCAAAGGAUCCUUUCGAUGCAGAAAGAUUCGACGGUCGCACUCUCGAUGGCGAUCCAAAUAUCCAAUACAUCCGUACUGGAGAUCUCGGAUUUCUGCACAAUGUUAGCAGGCCUAUUGGCCCUAAUGGUGCUCAAGUUGACAUGCAAGUUCUGUUCGUCCUGGGCAACAUAGGUGAGACUUUUGAAAUCAAUGGGCUCAGUCACUUCCCAAUGGACAUCGAAUACUCGGUCGAGAAGUGCCACCGGAAUAUUGUACCGGGAGGCUGUGCUGUCUUUCAGGCAGGUGGCCUUAUUGUCGUACUAGUUGAGGUUGGGAGGAAGGCUUACCUAGCAUCAAUUGUUCCUGUGAUCGUCAAUGCCAUCCUCAAUGAGCAUCAGAUUGUGGUUGACAUUGUCGCAUUCGUCAACAGAGGAGAUUUCCCGCGGUCAAGACUAGGAGAGAAGCAGCGAGGAAAGAUCCUGGCCAGUUGGGUCACACGCAAGAUGCGCACAAUGGCACAAUUCGGAAUCAGAGAUCCUGAAUCCGGCCUCUCGGACGUGACCGAGACGAUGGAGCCUAGAAGUGGCGUUGCUAGCCUCAGGAAUGGCAGCGUGAUGGCAAGCAGUCUUCGAAAUGUGGAGGCUGCUCCGCAAAUAAUCGAGGAGCAGCAACGUGAGCUUGAAAGGCAGCAAGUCGGAGCGCAAAAUAGCUUUGCUCCCCUGCCCACCGGCAUCUCCGAGAUGCCAGCGCAGAACUACGACGACUCGGUCCUCGGAUCUCCUCGAGGCGAGAACGGAACUUCGAUGAAGAGCGAUGACACUCCCACGGAUACUCGACGGAAUCAUUUUGAGCUACCAGUAGAUGACUACGACCCUGAGAAGAGCGACUUCAAUUUUGUGGAUAAGGACGACUUUGUAGUUCCCGGAUUUGAGACGAACGAACCUCCUCAAGUGCCACCACCCCGAAUUGGGCCAAAACCAGGGACCACCCCUCAGAUCAACCUACCUGCAGUCGAGGGUCGGGAGGGCGACCUGUGGAGUCUCCCGAGCCAGCAACAGCCUCGUGGUGGCUUAAGGGUGCAGAACGCCUCAAGCGACGAUGAUGAGGAUUGGAAAAGUGAUGCGAUCAUGCAUAUGAACCUAGCAGGGCGAUGA